GAAAGCUUUCCAUGACAAGAAGCCAGUCUUCUACUCCUCGUUUACAGCUUGCAAGAAGUAUCAAAAACACUUCACCAUGGAUGUCUCACUUGCCAGUAUUGAUCCUUUGACUGAUGGAAAAUAUCACUUGGUUUCUCGACUUUCAGAGGGACAAGCAGUUUCAUAUUUGGGUGUGGUUGAUGGAAAAGUCGCUAUAACUCAUGAUACGCCUACGGUUUGGUAUUUCGCAUACCAAAGUGAUCGAGGAAGUUACCGAAUCUGGCAAGACGGCACAGAAAACGUCCUGGAUUCUACCCAAAACCCACAUAGCUUCGCGAUCGUCGAUAAGCAUCAUGGUAAAGACUGGCAACAAUGGGCCGCAAGAUUGCAGAUUGAUGGCACGCGCCAACCAGGCGAUCAUCGACGACUCGGCGGAUUCACUUUGACUCCCUUGAAAUUUCCUCGGUAUGCACUUAGUGUGACUGGUAGUGGCAAUGGAAGUUUGGUAAGGGUUUCGCCAGCCAUACCGGGUGGUGAAAAUAUUCACCCAACACAGCUCUGGUUUGCGAAACAUGCUUGAUCUUGUCAUGGCGUAGUCAUGGUAUGACCAGAAGUGUAACCUUGUCUAAUCACAUGUUAAUAUUAGCUGGUUUUCA